AUGGAAUCGAUCGAGAAAGGUGUGGAUUUGGAAGGAGUUAGAGAGACUCCUUGUAUGAAUAGUAUUGGCAGGAUGCAAGAGAUUGGGGAGGAAUCCCGUCGAGCCACCGAGUUGGAACAUCGCAUGUCCUUUAAACAAGGCCUGAAGCUAUACCCGAAAGCCCUUGGAUGGUCGUCAUUCUUUUCUCUUGGUAUCAUAAUGGCAUCUUUCGACCCUCAACUGCUCGGGAGCUUAUACGCAACACCAGCAUUCCAAAAAGAUUUUGGCAUACUAUUCAAUGGAGGGUAUAUAAUUACUGCAUCCUGGCAGACUGCUUUGGGGAUGGGGAAUCCUCUGGGCCAAAUCGUUGGGGCUCUUCUUGCAGGAUAUCCCAUGGAAUGGUAUGGCCGUAAAAAGACAUUCGGGGUUAGUGUAAUCGGAACAUCAGCAUUCAUUUUCAAUCAAUUCUUUGCCAGGAGCCUCCCAGUACUUCUCGUUGGAGAACUUAUCGGAGGUCUCAUCCUCGGCAUGUAUGUUACUAUCGCCCCAACCUACGCAUCUGAAGUAGUUCCAAUUGCACUUCGCGGUCACCUUACAGCAUUUAUCAACCUCUGCUUCGUGAUUGGCCAAUUACUCGCAAAUGGGGUGAUUGCUGAAACUUCUCAAAUAAAUAAUCACUGGGCCUAUAGUGCUCCAUUCGCACUCCAAUGGCUCUGGCCUGCCAUUAUCCUUUUAGGACUUCCAUUCGCUCCUGAAUCACCAUGGUGGCUGGUCAGGAAACAAAGAUACGAGGACGCCGAAAGGUCCCUCAAUCGUUUAUCUUCAUCGUCUGUUAAUAACAAGUUGACACUAGCAAUAAUGAUAGAAACAGAUAGGCUGGAAUAUGAAAUGGAGACUGGAACUACCUAUUGCGAUUGUUUCAAGAAGGUUAAUUUGCGUCGAACCGAAAUCUCAAUAGGCGUUUUUGUCAUCCAGGCGCUCAGUGGUAUUUAUCUUAUUAAUUAUGCUACCUUAUUUUUCCAACUUGCUGGUUUAAAUACUAGACAGUCAUUUGAUAUGAGUGUCGGUCUAUUGGCGGUAGGCUUCGUUGGAACUUGUAUAGCCUGGUGCCUUCUUUCCCUGUGGGGUCGCCGCCGCAUCUAUAACAUUGGACUCGCUUUGAUGACAGUGGUUAUGUUUGCUAUUGGCUUCCUGGAUCUUGCACCAGACUAUUUAAACAAGAAGGGCGACAUUUGGGCUGAAUGUAUUCUUAUGAUGAUUUGGAAUUUGUUGUUUAACAUUUCUGUCGGCCCUAUCUGCUACACCUUUAUUUCUGAGGUAUCCGCUACUAAACUCCGUACCAAGACGAUCGCUAUCGCGACCGCAACUCAGGCACUCUUUGCAAUUGGUAUGACAGUCGGCAUUCCAUACAUGAUAAAUCCAGACCAGGGAAAUUGGAGAGGAAAGAUGGGAUUUUUCUUCGGCGGAUUAUCUGUUAUCAGUCUUAUAUGGUGCUGGUAUAGAAUCCCAGAGACAGGAGGGCGCACGUACGAGGAGUUGAAUCUGAUGUUUGAAAGGAAGGUUAAGACUAGGGCAUUCAAGAACUAUAAAGUAGUGUAG